AUAAAAACACGCAGCUAUGCACUCGCAGCUACAGUUGGUUUACUCGGUGUUUGUCAAACAAUGACCGUGUAUGUUCAUUACCGGACCUUGCUGAAGCCAAACAUUAGCACUUGCUAGCUGUAGCUAGUUUAGCUACGUUUCAAUUCUCGAACAUCAGUGGUGGUUAUGUUUCUCUAAUAUUUAGAGCUUCAAAUGAGAUAAAUACUGAUUAACCUAUUGACUGUCACUAACGGUCAAAGUAUAUCGCUUGUAUUCAUUGAAAAGCUGUGCUGAUGUGACGCAGAUUAAUAAACGGGUUACACUCCAUGGAUUUUUUUUCUUACUCGUUAAAGCCAAAAGGUAUCUGCUGACAUUAAAUCUUGAGCAGUAUAAUGCAAUCGAUACAGACAGAAUGCCAGCAAUUAACUUUCGUGAUGUUUAUUUUCAGACUUGUUGAAAAAGCCCUUUUUACAGGAAUUGUACUCUGUUACAUUCAAGAUACUGUUACUGAGGCCGCAUGCAUAAUACCAGGAACCUGAAACCAGCCCAGAUGCGUUUUUCUACUGCGACAUGACUAAAUGUCAGUCAUGAAAAACUCACGAAGAUCCAAGUCGUAAUUACAACGGGGACACUCAGAUUGUUGUGUAACUUCCAAUAUAUCAGACCUUGCUACUGGAAACCAAACAAAAAUUACUGCCUUAUUACAGUGAAUUUAUGGAUAAAGUGCUCUAUCGUCAUGCAAACAACUGCCUGCUCAAACUCUCCUUCAGUAUUCUGUCUUUGAAGCGUUUUUGUAAAUUUGACAUGAUGAAUCAUAAAUAAGUAUAACGCCAGGCAUUUUUGUACGGCCUUCUUUGAAAGACAUUCCUGGUGUCACUCACACCAGACCAAUCACUUCAAAAAGUGGGUGCAUUUGUCCGACGAGCACUUAAUUUGAAACAUAUGGGGACUACAGUUUAUGGUUGAUUGCAAAUUGGACUGCAUUUUAAUGAAUGUUGUUUUUGUUUUUGUACUUGUUACUUGUGAGAAAACAUGAGAUUGCUUGAUUUUCUCUGCUUAUCAGAAUGCAUUCCCCUUUCUAUUCUUUGCUGGAAUUUCUAUUCUGGGCGCAACAGCAGGGCCAGAUGUAUAAUGGCAAAUGUCUGUGAGUCACUCACUGACUGAGUGAGUGAUCAUAGUUGCACCAUUGGACAGCUGAGUGCCAAGUGACUGGGUUUGAGUUUACCUAUUGGCUGUUGCUCUUUUCAAAAAUGAAUUGGUGCAAACAACAGCGUAUCAGGGCUUUUAUGUAGUUAGUACUUUGCAAGAAAGGGGGUUCUCUAUGUAACUGGGUGUAUGUAAAAGGGUGAGAGCAGAAGUCCCUGGAAAGAUUUGGAAUGCAAUAGUCAGUGGGUAUUCAGCUUUAUAUAAGGUUCCUUCCUUGAUUCUUCUUGAUUGGACCAUAUAAGUUUGAGUUCCAUAUUGUGAUGUUUUAGUUGAGGUGAUGAAUGCAUCAUGACACAAAAUUUUUCAAAAUCUCUGUAGAUGAUAUUUAGGCCAUCACAUUGUAAAUCACAUGAAUACAAUUGUGACUCAUUCUGUACAAUUUCACUACACUGCCCAACCCAUCUUGUCUUUUAGAGUCGUAUCCGAAGUUCAUUCUGAUUUAGAAUGUCGUUCAGUACCAGCGUUUAGCUCAGUGAUGUAAUGUGACUUUCUGAAAUGGAAAUUGUAGCUGUGAGAUGUUAAAUUUUGCAAUGUGCUUUGUCUGUCUGCUGGUGCCAGUCUCAAAUGAGCAUGGAAAGGAAAUAAAUGAAUUUGUCUCUGUUCUGGAUGUUUUCUCUCAACAGCCAUGACCUUGUUUUCUCUCUUUGUCUGUGCUUUGUUGCUUUUGCCUCACUUCUUCUUUCUUGCCAGUGAAGACAAGGAGAAAGACAGACUGAAUCCCUCUCCGACAGGAAGCACCAGAGUGGACAAGUCCAAACAAGUCCUUCCAGAUGAUGGAUGUAACCCAACCAAGACGCUGAUGUCCAUGCCCAUUAAAUAACCGCUUUCUUUGUUUUCUUGACUUUUCAGCUUUGCGUUGCUAUUGGAGCGUGGUGUCCCUUCUCCUAUUCCUGGGCCCCUAACGAGCCCCCUACUUGGAGGGCUUACAGUGAGAUUGUUCCUGAUUGGACAGCAGUCUGCAUCCUUGCGGCUGGCUCAAUUAAAAGCCCAGCAAGCACUGAUGCAAAAUAAAAUGCUCUCACUGUUGGCUGUCUAGCUGUGAACUUGACAUCCAGUUCCAACCCACCUGCUCCCUACAUAUCUGCAACACUUCCCUACCCAACUGCUGACACCUUCAAUGUCGUUAACCAUCUGAAUAUUACAAACACCAUGUCUCAUCCCUUAUAUAACCCCUAUGCCUCUGGGAACCAGAGUUCCACCCAGGGGCAAUAUGGACUCUCCACUAUGCAGGCAGAGAGGGACCCUCGGAGGGCAUCUCCCCACCUUGGACCUGGGUCUAGCUUCAGCUCUACUGGAACCUCUUCUACUACUUCUGCCAGCUCUGGAGGAAUGAUCCCGUCGUUGCUGACUCAGUCAGUCAGUUACAGGCCUGAACAGAGUAGGGCCAUGAUAGAUGAGGACAUAGAAAGGUCUGUAGAUAUGCAUAUUAGCAGAGCCAGAGAGGAGGUGAGGUAUCUUGGCAAACCAACGCAUCAGCCCAUGGGCCAGGGCACUCACUUUACCAGCACUCAAAGAGAUGAGUUUCUCUCCUCAGGCACAGAGAUGACCUCCUAUUCUAUGUCUUCAACUUCUGCCCCUCCAGGACAUAGACACUCUGAUGUUGAAAGUGGCAGUAGCUCUUUGGACUGGUUGCCAAACUACAAAAGGUCAACUGCUGAUGAUUCCUCCAAAUUUUACUCAUCUGCUUCAUCUAGCUACGUAGGCAGUUCUGACGGUAGGUUUAAUUCCUCAAGUGAAAGGGAACGUGAUUUGCAGUCCAUUCCAGGGUUGGGUGAUUAUGACUAUCCAGUGCCAGACAAAUCUGCGGCCUCUACUGAGUCAAGUCGCCCCAAGUACACUUCUGAAUCAGCUGCUAACAUCCUUUUGCACUUCGGACUUGAAAAAGAGGAUUUGGAACAUCUCAUCUCUUACCCUGAAGACCAGAUCACCCCUGCCAACCUGCCGUUCAUAUUGCGCCAAAUCCGCAUUCAGAAGGCCAAGAGAGCUGCAACUGCAGUUCAGUCAAAACCGUACCUGGAACCCCAGCCCACCAGAGGUGUGAGUGGAAUGGACAGGAUGAGUAGUUCUGGAGGGGCAGGGCUACGCCCGGAGGAAAUGUCAUCGGCUAUUCUCCAGCCCAGUAAAGUGAUUGACUAUGGACAUACUGGCAAAUAUGCUGGAGGGGUUAUGGAUGAGAUUGGAAUGACCAGUGUCACAAGAGCUAACAGUGGUGGGAGUGGCAGUAUGUUGUUGGUGGACACUUACAAUAGUAGCAGUCACGGUCGAGAACCACCGCAAAAAAAUAUGACAGAGGUUAAAAGCAGUUCCUUGGGUUCUUCACAUGAUCAAGGUAGCUCUGUUACCAGCUCUUCAUACAGUUCAAAACUGAGCCCUGUAGCUCCCCUAAGCAAUGAUCCAGCUAAACAAUUGCCGACUCAACCACAGCAGACUUCUCAAACAAUCCUGAGCUCUUUCUCUCUACCAAAGAAAGACACAGACAUAAGAGUAUUCAAGUCUGAACCCUCCACUCCCCUUCCUUUGAAAGAACCAAAGGAAGAUGGCCAGUCAACGUCGAAAGCCCAACCAUCCUGCACUUUGUUCCACGGUGUGCAUCCUGGCCGACCUGGUCUUGUGCUCAUUGGAAACAAUGACACCAGUGGCACUAAGGAUCAGGGUAAAGGUCGAGGUAAAGGGUCAACAGUUGCUGAGCAGAUGAAGAAGCAGCAGACGCAACAGCAAAAGAAGCAGAAGCAGCACAUUCAGCAGCAGGCACAGAAGCAGCCAGUACCGCAGAUGGGACAAACGUGGCCUCCAGUUUAUUCUGCUGCGCAACCGGUUCCUCCUGCUUCUUUCAUCCCCAGCAGCACAGAUGCCUCACGUACCAUGCAUCGUUCAAUGUUUAUCCUCGGCGAUCCUCGCCUCGUUAUUCCUCCAGCUUCACCUCAGCCAAUCCCGAGCCCGGUGAACUUCAGUCAGUUGCUGCCGCCUUCCAACAGGCAGAGUCGACCACAGCGGCCAGUCUCCAAGGGUCUGCCAACGCCGGCCAUGAUGCAUGAUUAUGCGGCGGCCACACCGAGAGUCUUUCCACAUACCUGUUCUCUGUGUUACAAAGAAUGUACUCAUAUGAAGGAUUGGCUCUCCCACCAGAACACCGGCCUUCACCUUGAGAGCUGCAAAAUCCUGCGAGCACAAUACCCAGAUUGGGAUGGUGAGAUAAUACUUGAGUCCAGUGCCGCAGGAAAAGAUAAGGCAAGCAAGGCAGCGUCCUCAACUGCUGCCCAGACUUCCCAACAUCGUCAUCAGAAAACCAGGCAUGGAAGCCGCUCCCGUUCCCACUCACCUAGUCCCCGAAGACACCAUGAAAGAAGAGAGAAACGCAGCCGAUCACGAUCACCGCACAGCUCCAGAUACACUCGCAGUUCCCGGUCUCGUUCUCGCUCUCCACGGUAUGACCGUCUUACGUUCUCUCGAUAUCGGUCACGUUCAAGGAGCUUUGAGAGACGAUCCUCACCGAGGAGGAGAGAUGAGAAACGGUCUUCGCCAAGACGAAAUGAGGAGAAGCGACCAUCUCCGAGGAGCCGUGAAAGAAGAUCCCCAAGGAGGGGUGAUGAGAGACGAUCAUCUCCUAGAAGAAGCCGUGAAAGACGAUCUUCCACAGAGAGGUCGUCCCCUCAACGUAAGAGGUCGAGCAGUGCAGAGAUACUGGCGAAGAAACUACUGGAAAAAUCAGCUGUCCAGUCAUUGUCAAAAGAGUCUGAUCUGGAGGCUGUAGUUAAAACUCUAGCUCCUGCCUUACUGGCUGAGUUAGCCAAGAUGAAGUCUUCCUCAUCAUCAUCAUCCAAUUCGUCACCCAAAGGAGGAAAACGCUCCCAGUCUUCUCCCUCUGCUGGGGGAAAAAGUUCAUCCUCUGCUGCCUCUUCGUACUCUUCAACAGCAAGGAAGAAGGAAAUGACAACAAUGUCUUCCAAAGCAAAGCCCAGUCUGCAGAAGAACGAGGCAAGUGCUUCUACAAAGACUAAGUUGGGUAAAUCUUCACCUCCAACCAUGGUGAAGCUAGAAGGGAUUUAUCCUUCUCUCUCUCACAAUGAUGUGGUCAAUGCUGUGGAGCAGUUUGGAAAAACAAAAUCAGUCGUACUGUUUCGGUCUACACUGGCGGCAAUCGUGUGUUUCGAGAAAGAGGAGGAUGCUAAGAAACUGAAGAGUGUAAAGAGCUUCGACAUGAAAGGAAUGAUCGUCAAUGUUGCCAGAGAAAAGGACACUGUUUCUAAGGAGCGAAAGACGACUUCUCAGAAAAACCCAGCCAUUUCCAGUGUCUCCAAACCUCAAACCACUAAAUCCACAACUACCAGUACUCCCACAAAGGAUGUUCUCCCUACAGCUCACAAAACUUUGCCUAAUUGCCCUGCAAAGCCUUUAUCUUUACCCUCUGAAGCCAGCAACGUUGCAACAGGUAACAUUAAAAGUGAGAAAACUGCUGCCAAAGGCUCAGUUAAAGGCUCAGCAAAUGUUACUAAAGCAAAGGUCUUGGUUUCCAAAGCAAAAAAUGUCUCAACCCGGCCGAAAGCUAAAACGGUAAAAAGUGUGGCCCCGCAGAAAGAGACAGCCAUGGUUGAUGAAUCAGCAACUAGGACUGUUGCUGGACCAACUAAAGGUGCAAAUGUCUUGGUGUCCAAAGCAGAAACAGCCUCAAAUUCCCAGAAACCCAAAAAACUGGAGGAAAAUUUGCCUGCAGGAGGAGUUGUGACGCAAGAAAAGGUGGAAGAAACAGCUGCAAAAGCCAUAAAUGUGCCAUCCAAAUCUAUGGCUUCAGAAAAUCUCCCUGAUGUAGAGACGUCCAAGUCUAAAGAAUUGGAAACAAAGGCUCUAGAACCUGUAGUGGUGCUGGAAGACAUGGCCAAGGUUGUUGAAACAGGAAAUGUGACAGUUUCUGAAUUGAAGCACCAAGCAGAACUUGCCAAGGUUGAUGUUGAGGUGAAAGAAGCCAAAGACACUGAACCAAUGGAGUUUGGGGUAACAGGAGUUGAAGUUGCAGAGACCAUGGAAGUUAAAAGUUGUGCUGAUAAAGGGGAAAAACAGACAAAUCCAGAGACUGUACCAGCCAAAUACAGUGAGAGUCCACCAUCAACCACUAAAGAUGAGACCAGACCAGAUUUGUCUCCGCCUAAACCUUCUACUGUUCCAUCUCAAACCACAGAGGGAGUUCUUAAUCCUUCAGCCAUUGAUACUCAGAGUCCUCAGACCAUCAUUAGAACUCCAGAAACCUCUUUCAAAGCUUCAUCACAAGUCCAGCAAAGUACUCUGCCAGAACCAGAAUCAUCUGUACAAGGGCUGGAGACCAAGACAAAUGCUUCACAAAUCCAGCAGCAGGCUGCAUCAAACUCAACUGAAGCUGCUGUAGAAGCAAAGUUGACUGUCGAAGGAGUGGAGACAAAAACAACUCAAAAAGAUCCUGCAUCUGCCAUUAAGACCCAAAGAGAUCCAUCAUCAGGAGUGGAUGCCUCCAAGGCUGUCAGCAAGGUUUCAGCUGCGUUGACUGAAGUAGCCGCAUCUGCCAAAACUGAGCCAAUAACUGCAGCAGUGACCAAACAGCAACUGGGAGCAAACUCACCCUCUUCAGCUGCAGAAGUGAGUGCACAGCAACUGGCAGGAACCUUGUCUUCUCCACCUGCAGCAGUGAGUGAGCAGCAACUGGCAGGCACCUCAUCCUCUUCAGCUGCAGCAGUGAGCAAGCCGCAAGCGGCAGGAACCUCGUCUUCUUCAGCUGCAGUUACCCCUCUGACUGUUGGGGAGAUGGUAGAAAAGCACCUGCAUCAAAAUAAAAUCACGUGCCUCAAGAAUAAAACCUGCUUCUUACCAAAAUUUUUUUCACUUGGUAAGAAGCAGCUGCUCAUAACCAACCUGCCAAAGUAUUACGAUGGCUGCUACACAGUAGAAGACCUCGCCAACCUGCUCGUUCCAUUUGGAUUUGAAUAUAAAGAUGACAACAUCUAUGUGUUUCCUCAGGCUUGCAUGGCCUUUGCUGUGAUGCCAACAGUGCAGGAUGUGCACAAGCUUUUGACUUUCACCAGACGGAAUCGCAUGACUCUUAAAAACUCCAGACUGGCGGUGCGUGUAGUGGAUGGCGGCAUAACAAUGUCACCGCUUGGGUUUUAUAAAUCAGUGAUGAAGCGGAUGAAUUCUCCGGUGCUUGAUGAUGGAGAAAGAACAAUCUACAUCAAGAACAUUUCACCAAGCGAGGCCAAAGACCUCAGGGAAGCUUUGAAAAAAAUCGAUUCUGUCAGAAACUACAUGCCUCUCCUGAACAAGGUGUUUAUUGAAUUUGAGUCCAAUCGUGAUGCUGAUCGGCUCGGAGUUUGGUACAGCCUCCUGAAACAGGCCCCUGCUCACACAGUCUACAGGCUGAAAACGCCACACUGCGACUCCACAGCUCUACCACCGAGACUUGCCGCAAAUGCUAUUCCGGACAGCAAGGAUGUUGUUGCCGGGACAACUAUCCCAACAACAAAAUUUGGUGUUCCACAGGGUAGCAUUUCACCGUUCUGCGUCACGUUGACAGCUAGUCCCUUUGUGUUCCCUACCAUGUCCCCUUGGUUCAUCAUCCCAGAUCAUCUGACGGUCAGAGAAAUUGAUGACAUUGCGAAGGCCAAGCGUCAAGGUUUCUUGAUCCCCACAAUCAUGUUGACUGGUUUGCCUGAGGGAAGCUACAAGCAUGAGGACGUCACCAAGUUGGUCUGGCCUUAUUUCCCUAAACAAAAUCUUCACUCCCUCUACUACAACGUGAUAGUCCUGACACUGCAGAGGAGGGCUUUUGUGUAUUUCAACAAUUUGACUGCGUGCUGCAAUUUUGUCCGAGAUCACAUCAGAAAUCCUGUGUCUGUCGGAGGCUCCAGACUCCGCGUCCAUUUCGUCUUGGAGCAGAUGCAUCCUGAAUCAAGAGAGGAGCUCAUGUAUAAAACGCUGAUGAAAUGGAGCAACGCUCGUGUUCCUGAUCCAGAGUCUCUGGAGGAGAGGCUGCUCUGUGUGGAGAUCUCUGAGACAACCGUGGAUAUCGUCAAGAUGGUCAUGGAAGUGGUGGCGUCUAUCGCUGCUUUUGUCAGCUUCCUGCCACUCGCUAACAGGAUAUGCGUUGAGAUGGCUGACUCCAGCGGUGUAACACAGGUGGUGGAGAAGUACAACACUUUUUCACCGGACACUGUAUCUAAAGUUGUAACUUGGAGUAAAGUUCAGCGUUUUGAGCCUUUGAAGAGCCUAAAACAGCGCCUUGAAGACUCCAGUGAGAUCACAAUAAACCUUGAACUGGACACCGUAAAUGAUGAAGCCAAGCCCCCUCCUCCUUCUGAAGUUUCUGAUAAAGGGCCCCAAUCUGCUCUGCAAGCCAGUAUUCCUGCUUCUGCUAAACCAGCAGCUCCUGCUGGAUCCAUCAUUUGUGAAUCAGGACCAAGUGCCACUGCCACAAGUGAUGUAGCAAUAAAGGAGGAGAGUGAGAAACUGGAAACUGCGAUUACCAUGGAAUCCACCAUUGCUUUUAAGGCAAAUGAGGAUGUAGAGAAAGCAGAAAUAAAGAGGGAGGACGGGUCACCAACACCAAUAGACGAUACUGCUGAUGGAAACACCGUCCCCGCUGCCUCCAGUCCCGCACUCUUAGCCACAAGUCUGGUCAAAUCUGAAGAAAACACCACAGAACUCCUUCAUAUUGACCAGGACAUAUUCAAUGCCCUUACAGCAGCAGUUCGCCAGCACAGACUUACACGAGGAAGCAGGACACACAGUGAAGAGAAACAGAGUUUUGGCAAAAGCAACCUGGGCUCUAAAGGUGUGAAGGAUGGAGACACACCACAAGAAAGGGGUCAAAGUGAUUUUACAGAUGACGUGAUUUCUCCAGACGCCUACCUUUUUGAUGAGCAAAAUUUCAACAUGGAGGACUUUGUCACUGUUGAUGAAGUUGGCGAUGUGGAAGACAGAAGCCCUGACCACCAGAGCUCCUCCUUUUCCAAGCAGUCCUCCAGAGGGAAAAAAGAGAGGCAAAGCUCAGACACAUCAUGUACUGCCAAACAAACUUCGAAAAGGUCCUUGAAAGACCCUAUGAGCUCAGCCUCUUCCUCAUCCUCUUCUUCCUCCUCAUCCAAGUCGACUAAAGACUCCAUGAAGAGAAGCUCGUCUUCUAAAUCGACCUCUGCGUCACCAAAAAAGGCCAAGGACUCAUCUGAACCCACCAAACCCUCAUCCUAUGCCAGUGUUAGUAAAACCUCUGCCUCUUCCUCACUGUGUCUUGAAACCUCUUCCUCUCCUGGUCCAAAAGCAGAACAGAGCAAGACAAAAUCUCCUGUCAAAGCAUCUACUACAUCUUCCUCGAGUUGUAGGACCCAAUCGUCCUCUACUACACAUGAAAUUGAAAAGAUGGCAUCAAUAAAGACUCAUCCUGAGUCACAUAGAGAAGCAAAAGCCACAGAGAGUGCAGUGGUAAAGUCUGACCACAAGGUGUCAGAAGAGGCCAUUGCUGCAAAAACUGUUGAGUCAGAGUCAAAAAUAGAAACAUCAUCAGAGAUGCAUCCACCUGCACAGGGACGGGGGUUAGAGUUGAGCCAAUCCCAGAGGUUUGAGAUUGAUGCUAAAGACAACACACUCAACGACCUGGAGAAAAGGAAAGAGAGAAGGAAAGAAGAUGAUGUUGGCAAACAUCCAGAGGAGGAGGAGGAUGAUGACGCUGAAAAUUAUCAAAUCCUUGAUUCACUUGAUGACCAAACAGAUGAACAGAUGGAUGAUGGGAACCAAGUAGGAAGCUCUGAAACACAGAUAAUAGAGCCUGAGAAUGACCGGAGUUUGCAUGAGGAAACCUUAGACAAACAGGUCUUCGGCAGUGUUAAUAAUGAAGGCAAAGUCUGCCCUGAGGAGUGCAGUGAAAAGGAAGUGGGUGUUUCUUUUGAAACUGUCGACAGUGCUACUGAAGGUCAAGCCACAACAGGUCAAGAAGACAGUUACCCCGUUGAAGAUAACAGUUCCACAGUAAAACAACUGUCUGAGGAAGAUGUGAUUCAAGUAGUCAACAAAUCUGAUGAUAAAUCUGCAGUUGAAGUUGCAAUUAUUAAAAACCAAGAGGCAAAUAAUGAAGAUAGUAUUCAAGUGUUGGAUACAGGUAGCAAACAAGAUCCAAGAGGUAAGGUAGAUGGAAAGACUGGAAAACAAAAAGAAGAGGAGGUCAAAGGCAAAAUGAUUUCACCAGAAUCCUGUAAAGCCUCCAAAGACGUGGAAAACCCUGAAGAACAAAAACCAAAUGAUGGAGACCAGCCUCUUGAAGUCUGUGACAAUAAACACACUUUAAAAGACGUUGAUAGCGACGUUCCUGAACAUGAAACCUUUGAGAUAUUGGAUUCAAUUGACGAUCAGGUGGUAAUGGAAGAUGACAGCCACAAACUUGAAACUCCCAGUGAUCAGAUGUCUAAAAAAGACAUGGAAGAAGAGGAAGAUACCUAUGAGGUAAUUGAUUCUGUGGAAGAUCAGCCAACAACUACAAAGACAGAGUCUGAGGCUGACAACAAGGAAAAAAGAACCAAAAAAGUGGAGCUGACUGCUAGACAAGAUGAUAGAUCAUCAAAGAGGAGUAGCCCCAGGACCAGAGCAUCCAAAAGGGAAGAGAAGGAAAAAUCACCAAAGAAGCAGGACAGGCCAGUUAAAAAAUAUGAAACGCGAAUGAAGAUGGACACCCCUGCAGGAGGUUCUAAAAAAGACAAAGAGAUCAAAGAGGUCACUAAGGAAGUGUACAAAAUAGUAGAUUCUGUUGAUGACGAACUGGUUCAAGAUGCAGCCGCCACAGAAAGGUCUGGUAGAAGAAGGAGUGCGAGAGGAAAGAAAGAGGAUAAAAUGACAUUGAAUCUCACUGAAGCAUCUGACAAACCUGAUGGAGACGAGGAGGCUUCCUAUGAAAUUUUAGACUCUGUGGAGGACGAGACUGCUGCCGAAGAACCAACUUUUAUGACAAGAUCUACCAGAGGAAGAAGGGAAAGAACAACUAAGAGAGAGGCUUCCAAUGAGAAAACAAAAAUAGAAGACACACCAACAAGAAGGAGGAACACUCCUGCCAGGGAAUCACGGGAAAAAACAUUAAAGAAAGAGGAGAUGGCACCUCAAAAAGAGUGUGUACCAACAAAGCAGAGUGACAUUACUGUAGGAGAGGUAAGUCAAGAGGAUUCUCUUUAUGAAAUAUUAGACUCUGUGGAGGAUGAGUUUGCUAAGGAUGACCAGCCUGCUACAGGAGGAAAAGUGAAAAGGGGAAGACCAAAGAAAGAAAUUAAAUCAUCUAAAAAAGACACUGUAACACUGAAGAAGGAUGACAAAGGAGCAUCUGAAAAAGUGGCUGAUGAAGAUGAGGUGACAUAUCAGAUUCUUGAUUCUGUGGAGGAUGAGCUGGUUGACGAUCCCCCCUCCACAGAACAGUCUGAGAGUCCGAGAAAGAACAUUUCUAAGAACAACAACAAGCAAAUAAAAAGCAAAUCUCUCACAGGAUCACCCAAACAUGAGGAGGAGGAUGAGGAGCCAAUGUAUGAGAUCGUAGAUUCUCUGGAAGAUGAUCAAGUACAGGAACAGUUGAUGACCACAAAGGUGUCCAGUAGAAGGAUGAAGGAAAGAACUAAGACAAAAGAUGAAACUAGUUCAAAAGAGGAUGCACCAACUGUAAAAGAAGACACACCAACAUGUGGUACCAACAAUGCUGAAGCACCCGAAAAAGGGGUCAUCGGGGAAGAGAUGAUUGAUGAUCCAUCUGCUGCAGAAGAGUCUGGUAUGAGAGAGGAGGAGAGAACACCCAAAAUAGACACUAAAAAAGAGGGCAAAUCAACAACCAAGUCCCGAUGUGAUACUGCAACACCAGCAGAGGAGAAGAAUCAAACGCUGUCCACGAAAGAUGACACGACAGCUGCAGCGAGCGCUCUGGUGAACCUGGAUGAAGUGAGCGAGGAGGAGGAGGAUUACCCUGACGACACAGCCGAGGAGGAAGAACUGAGGAAGAGGCAAGCUGUCGCUAAAGAGAAGCAGCUCGCCAAGAAGCGAGAGAAGGAGCGGGAAGAGAGGAGGACCAGGGAGAGGGAGCGAAGGAGCCGGAGCAGUAGCAGCAGUAGCAGAGGAGGAGGAAGCAGUGGAGGAGGGACGAGGAAGGUGAAGGAGAGGGGAAGGGAAAAGGAGGAGAAGGUAGAGGUAGAUGCCAAGGAGCUGGUAACUCUGGAUGAGGUGGGAGCAGAUGAGGCUGGAGAGGAAAGAGCAGCGGAGGGUCAAGAGUGGGAUGAGGAGAUCACGGAGGGAGAGCUGCAGACGCUCGUCACCCUGGAUGAAAUCGUAGAAGAGGAGGAAGAGGGAAAGGCUGAGGAAAGCACUCUGGAGGCCCGCCCACCCAGCAAGGAGGACGAAUCAGUGGACUCCUUAAACCCAGAGACUUUGGUGACUUUAGAUGAAGCAGGUGAUGAUGAAGAAGAGAAGGCAGCCCAAGAUGGAGCUGAAAAAACCUCAAUAUCUUCGAAACGCAAACACAAUGUCGACACAGAGGAGAGUAUGAACUUUGUCACAGUCGAUGAGGUGGGAGAGGUUGAAGAGGAGGAGGAAGAAAAGGAAACGACCAGGACAAGAAGCCGAGCCAAGAAGAGAACCAGACAGUCCCCUGUGAGAAAAUCUACUAGAGGGAAAAAAAUUACAAAAGAUGAGAGAGAAGAAGAAAAGGAAUCAGCCGAUACUGAUAUACCACCUCUCACUUCACUCGAUGCCUCAUCAUCGUUGGACAAAGAUCCGUCAGCGUUGUCAAGUGACAGCCAGCAAGAGAUCCAGAAGGCAGAGGUGGAAAGAGCGAGCCAUGCCAACAUCGAUGCUGCCUCUGCUGGGCAGGAGCUGCAACCUGAGCACCCUGAGAACCAGAGCCUGGAAGGAUGUGUGGAGGAAGGAGAGGAGGAGAAGGAAGGAGGGAGCAGGGCAGACAUUAAAGCUGUGAGUAAAAGGAAGAGGGAGCUUGUCGGACCUGAAGCAAAGAGAUCUCGUUCUCAGUCUCCUUGUGUUGCUGCUGACUUCAAACUGCCACCAUUCAACCCCAACAACCCCCUUGGUCGGGAGUUUGUGGUCCCCAAAUCGGGGUAUUUCUGUAAUCUCUGCUCUGUCUUCUACCUGAACGAGAACUCGGCCAAGGAGCUCCACUGCAGCAGCCAGAGACACUACAACAACCUGCAGAAACACUACCAGAAGCUUCAAAAGAAACCAUCAAGAAGUUCAAGACAAAAUUCUCAAGGCUCCAUUUCUGACUGAUCCAAAUUCAGCUGACUUUUUUUUUGUUUGUUUUUUAAAUAAAAAUGUAAAUCAAAUGUGUAAAAGCCAUAUUGUUACAGUGGCUUAGGAAAUAAAAAAUUGCACCUCGUACCUUCUUUGAUCUAAAUAUUGUAAGUUAUACAGCUACCACAACCCUACGUAUUUUGGGCUGGUUGGUCCCAUUGGGAUUAAAACUCCGUCCAACUCAACAUAGGGGCUCAUGAAAAUUAUUUUCUUGGUAACUGCUUAGUUUCUGUUGUGAAAUAAAAGCUGCCAACCAUCUUUACCUUGACUUUCAUGUUUAAGUAAUACAAAUGUAUAAUCUUAUUACAUAAUUUGAACAUUUUGAUGUUCCUAAUACACCAUGUAGCAUCUUUUGAAGGAUGGGCGUCUGGGUGUCUAUUAAGUUAUUUUGAAAGUCGUAUAAAUAAAGCAUAAAGUUCAAGCUCGCACAUGAUGUCAAAAGGAGGUCAGAUAACUGUUCACAACCACUCCAGCUUUAUUAGUGCAAAGCCUGACCAAGCCAAUUGGUUUAUUAACUCUUACACUACCAUUAGAAUUGUUAAAAAACAAUGAAAAAAGAAAUGAGUUCACGAAAGUAUGUAGAGAGAGUUUCCUAUUGUUUAUAGUUUCUCUUGUCCUUGUUAACAAUAAUUGACUGUCAAAGUCUAAAUAAAUCAUAGAGUUUAUUACUAGCCAUGACAAUCAGGCUGGUAUUGUCUUUCUGAGGACAAGUUUUCUCACCAUGAUACCAUCACAAUUGUGCUAGAUACAAUCAUCAAACUUUACAGGAAAGUAUUUGUGUUUAAAUGAAGAAUAUGGAGGCGAUCUGACCCAUUAGUACUCAGUUCUCUGGUGAUAAUGUAAUAACUACUGAGCACUCUUGGGUCAGAAUGUCAACAUGUUGACGGGUGUCACAGCUGGUGUGAUCCCAUUGCAAACAGAAAAUCCUAUAGUUUUGAUAAGCACAUUAUUAAGUUAAACAUGUAUUUUAAUGAAAAUGAAGAGGUGCCUGACGACAACUGACACUUAAGUCUUCUGAACUAAUCAAAUCUUGUGUAGUGAAAAGUCACUGUUUAGAUUGACUUGGUAACUUGGUUUUCAUUUAACCCAGACAAGGUCACUUGGGUGUUGGUUGCUGUGUCUUUUAACAAGGGUCCAAUAUGUUGACUUAUUUCUGUUGUACAGUUUGCCUUGUCCUCUUUCUAUAAAAUAUAAAAUAAAACUUGUGUGUCUCAUGA